AUGUACCGACAAGUACUGGUUCAUUCCAAUGAUACCCCAUUGCAACGGAUAUUCUGGCUCUUUCGAGAAACUGAUCCAAUCCAGGAAUACGAGCUCAUAACUGUAACAUACUGUCUGGGUCCAUCGUCAUUUUUAGCCACUCGCACGUUGAAGCAGCUGGCAAAUGAUGAGGGUAGUAAAUAUCUUCAUGGAGGGUCGGUACUUCUAAAAGGCUUUUACGUGGACGACUUCAUGGGUGGAGCUGAAACAAUCUAUGAAGCCACACAACAGAGAAAAGAACUAGGAGAACUUCUUGUUAGCGGUGGAUUCCAGCUUCGAAAAUGGACAGCAAAUGAGACCAAGGUUCUGGAAGGAAUCCCAAUCGAUCAAAUCGGUACACAAUCCGCCAUUAGGUUCGAUUCUAACGAAGCUGUAAAAACCCUUGACAUUGCAUGA